GGGGGGUCCAAGCAGGCCUGGCAAGGCCGUCAGCUCGAGGUCAACCCGUAAAUGUUUGCGGCUUGCGACCUCAACGUCCCCCUCGUGCGCCUCACAUCGUCCUCGCCGCCAACCUCUCACCAGAUGCCCUUGUGCUUCACAGCCCUCACAUAGGCCAGUGACUGCGCUGCAUCCCUUCAGACGAGGGCAACAGGACGGGUCUUGAUGCGAACAGCUCUGCCCUCCUCACUGCGCAGCCGAGUUGGCAUUGGCAUUGGCUUUGGCACUGGCUCAGGAACUGGCAAGCUCGCUGCUACCUUCCUCAACAACAUCCCAACCCAAGCCCUUCGCCGCCGCCGUCCCAUCCACCUGUUGUCAUCUGGUCUUUUGCCAUUCCCGCGCCAUUCACCAGCUGUACCACCUUGCACUCGUCUCGCCAGAGCUCUCGCUGCAACGUCCCCCGUCUCCGUCUCCACGUCCACAUCGGACCGCGUACCACCGCCGCUGACCCGCCAGUCUUCAUCACACUCUUCGAACGCUUCGAACGCUUUAAACGCUUCCACCAUGAACGGCACCACCGCCUCUCCCCGCGCUAAGCGCAAGCCCUCCCCCUUCGACGCAAUCGACACCGGCCGCCCGCCAAAACACCACCGCCACUCCCUGAACGGCAAGCAGUCUGCCGGCGACAAUACCCCCGACAUCGAGGCCGCCGACCUCGACAUGCACGACCACGAGUUUAUCGACGAGACUGCCCUGCAGACCCUCCCCUCCCUCGGGCCUGAUACCGCCGAGUGGCAGUUGACCAUCGAGAACGUCGUGAGAAAUGUCGUCUCCAUCCGCUUCUGCCAGACCUGCUCAUUCGACACCGACCCCGCCCUGAACUCCGAGGCCACUGGCUUUGUCGUCGACGCAGAGAGGGGUUAUAUCCUGACAAACAGGCACGUCGUUGGCGCCGGGCCCUUCUGGGGCUACUGUAUAUUUGACAACCACGAGGAGGUGGACGCCUACCCUGUCUACCGAGACCCCGUCCACGACUUUGGCAUCCUCAAGUUUGACCCCAAGGCCAUCAAAUACAUGCCCGUGAAGGCCCUGUCGCUACGGCCCGACCUGGCUAAAGUCGGUAUCGAGAUCCGCGUUGUUGGUAACGAUGCCGGUGAAAAGCUCAGCAUCCUCUCCGGUGUAAUCAGCCGUCUGGACCGCAACGCCCCCGAGUACGGUGAGGGUUACAGCGACUUCAAUACUUCCUACUACCAAGCCAGUGCCGCUGCCAGCGGAGGUUCUUCUGGCAGUCCGGUCGUGAAUCUCGAUGGCUGUGCCGUUGCUCUGCAGGCCGGCGGAAGAGCGGACGGCGCAUCUACGGAUUAUUUCUUGCCUCUGGAUCGGCCAUUGAGAGCUUUGAAGUGCCUCCAAGAGGGGAAGCCCAUUACCAGAGGCGAUAUCCAGUGCCAGUUUCUCCUGAAGCCCUUCGAUGAGUGCAGGCGGCUCGGGCUGUCUUCUGAGUGGGAGGCACAGAUGAGGAAGCAGUUCCCCAGGGAGACCAACAUGCUUGUUGCCGAAAUAGUCCUUCCCGAGGGCCCGUCCCACGGCAAGGUCGAGGAAGGCGAUGUCCUCGUCAAGGUGAACGACGAGCUGAUAACCUCGUUCGUACGGCUUGAUGACAUUAUGGACUCGAAUGUCGACAGCACUGUGAAACUGCUGCUCCAGAGGGGUGGGGAUGAUGUCGAGGUGGAGAUCAAGGUCGGUGAUUUGCACAGCAUCACUCCUGACCGCUUUGUAUCUGUCGCCGGUGGCAGCUUCCACACGCUGUCCUACCAGCAAGCGAGGCUAUAUGGCGUGGCUGCGCGAGGUGUCUACAUCUGCGAAGCGACAGGCUCUUUCCGUUUCGAUAACAGCGAUAACGGCUGGAUACUCCAGACCCUCGACCACAAGAAAGUACCGGAUCUGGAGACUUUUAUUGAGGUCGCCAAGGGCAUACCAGACAAGGCUCGGGUCGUCGUGACAUACAAGCACCUCAGAGAUCUGCACACACUCAACACCACUAUCAUUUAUGUUGAUAGGCAUUGGUCCUCCAAGAUGAAGCUCGCUGUGCGCAAUGACGAGAGUGGAGUCUGGGACUUUACCGACCUUGCAGACCCGAUCCCACCAGUGCCCCCGGUCCCGCGCAAGGCCUCAUUCAUUCAGCUCGAGCAUACUUCCCACCCGGCCGUGGCUGAGCUCGUGAAGAGCUUUGUCCAUGUCAACUGUACGAUGCCAGUCAAGCUCGACGGCUUCCCGAAGAACCGGAAGUGGGGCAUGGGCUUGGUCGUUGACGCAGACAAGGGGCUGGUCGUCAUCUCUCGGGCUAUUGUGCCCUACGACCUGUGCGAUAUUAGCAUCACCAUUGCGGACUCCAUCGUUGUCGAGGGCAAGGUCGUUUUCCUCCACCCCUUGCAAAACUACGCCAUCAUCCAGUACGACCCCAAGUUGGUUGACGCUCCUGUCCAGAGCGCGAAACUCUCAAGUGAGGAAAUCACGCAGGGCGCUUCGACGUACUUCAUCGGAUACAACAGGAUCGGCCGCGUCGUCCACGCCGCCACGACCGUCACUGAGAUAUUUGCUGUUGCCAUUCCGGCCAACUCUGGGGCGCCGAGGUACAGGGCUGUCAACGUGGAUGCCAUCACCGUCGACACGAGCCUGAGCCAGCAGUGCGGUAGCGGCGUCUUGGUCGCUCCAGACGGUACUGUGCAGGCUCUGUGGUUGACAUAUCUCGGAGAGCGCAACCCCUCGACCCACAGGGAUGAGGAGUAUCAUCUCGGUCUUGCCACGCCAACACUGCUCCCUGUAGUGUCGCAGAUCUCUCAAGGUGUCGUACCCGACCUUCGGAUGCUGUCGGUUGAGUUCAGGUCCAUCGCAAUGUCGCAAGCACGCCUCAUGGGUGUGUCCGAAGAGUGGAUAGCGCAAGUAUCCCGGGUCAACACAAGCCAUCACCAGCUGUUCAUGGUCACCAAGAGGACGUUCGAGCGGAAAGAUAAGGAGGGCGAUGAGGCGCUGCUCGAGGGCGACAUCUUACUGACGCUGAACGGCAAGCUAAUUACGCGCAUCUCGGAGCUGGAUGUCAUGUACUCAAACAGCUUCUUGGACGCCGUUAUCGUCCGCGACUGUGAGGAGAUCCAACUAAAGCUGCCCACAGUGGCUGCGGACGACGUCGAGACGGACCGUGCUGUCUCUUUCUGUGGUGCCGUCCUCCAUAGGCCGCACCAUGCCGUGCGCCAGCAGAUCAGCAAGCUCUUCAGCGAGGUAUAUGUCUCUGCUCGCACACGGGGCUCUCCCGCUUACCAAUACGGGCUGGCCCCGACAAAUUUCAUCACGCACGUCAACAACAAACCCACGCCGGACCUCGAGUCAUUUAUUGCGGCUGUGGUAGACAUCCCAGACAACACCUACUUCCGACUCAGGGCUGUAACCUUUGACAGCGUGCCGUGGGUCAUCACCAUGAAGAAGAACGAGCACUAUUUCCCCACGGUCGAGUGGAUCAAAGACCCCGAGGCCGAGUGCGGCUGGCGCCGCCUCACCUACGAGGCGGGCAAGACGAUAGAAGGCGAAGGCCAGGAGGGUGUCCCCUCCGUUACUGAUGAUACAGGGGAGCCUGACGACGCCAUAGCCAUCUGAGAGGCGCGAUGAAAGGAAGGAAGGUAGGGCGUGCUGGGUUUUCGGCUGCUUGUAUUAAAGGUGUAAUCGGAUUCUCUCUGCUUAGGUCUCACGGUACGGGAGUUCCCGGGGCUAUGUUGGGUCAGGAAACCAGCUUAUAUAGCACACCACUGAAACGAGGUAGAGAAGGACGCAAUUCCAAGAAUUGCCCCCAUCCCGGACAACUCGAAUAUUGCUCACGUCUUGUCCUGAGUUUCCCAGCGGCCGUGAUAUGGUCGAGCAGGCCCAUCCUACAUGGGAGAAACACUUUGAAAAAGUUGCUACGCCACACAAGAAGACAUCACUGGAAACCGCUUCAAUAAUCAAGCUUUGAGGGUC